AUGUAUGUAUGUAGAUUAUUAAUUUCUAUCAUCAAAAUGUAUAUAUCAUUAAAUAAAUUAAUUUUUAUCUAUUUUCAUUUAUCCUAUACUUCAAAUACUACCUUGUGCCCUUCUUUCAAUUUUUUCCGAAAAUCUCAUCAGUAUAUGUUAGGAUCUACUUCUUACUUCAAGGCAAGAAACAGAUCCUUGGACAGCUACUUUUGGACAGCCCUAAUUAUUAGAUAGUUAACCAUUGUAAUUUUCUUCGAAGAGAUUAGCUAUGAGCAAUUUAAUAAAUCUAUUAUUGAAUGGAUUGUGUCGGAUAUGUUUUGACAAUUGUUUUGUGUUUCUUUUUUGUUUGCUUAUACUUUUUUAAUACAUAUGCUUCUUAAUACAUAUAUUCAUGUAUAUAUUAUGUCUAUAUACACAUGUUAUUGAUGUUUUGCUGUGCCCACGUAGAGAGUUUAUUGACAGCCAUCACAGAGGGAAAAAAUCUUUUUGUCAAAGUAUUUCAUUUUUUCGCAACAAUAUACAAGUCCCGACUUUAUUUUUCUCUAAUUUUAUAUUGUCUAUCCAACCCAUAAUUUUUAUCAAUUU